AUGGCUAGUGUUUGCACCCAUUUGACGUUGGGUAUGUGUUCUUGCACCCCAAGCUUUGCUUGUUCUUCAUCCACCAAGAAGAGGAAGCUUUGCAACAAAGCCAAUGUUGGUUCAAGAAAUAAGAAGUUAAAGAAUGAAGAUGAUGAGGUUUGGAAGAUCAAGAAAGUGUUGAAAGAGAGCGAUGUUGGGAGCAUGAGCAGGUUGAUACUGACGAGAGAAAUGGCAGAGAAGUUUGUGCUGCCUGUGUUGGGGGAUGAUGCUGAUCAGAUUGAUAGUGGAGUUUCUGUUCAGAUUUGGGAUGCGGACACCAACUCCAUGCACUCUCUUGUUUUCAAGAGAUGGGUCUCUUCAAGAAGCUAUGUCUUCAUUGGUAAUUGGAUUAAAGAUUUUGUUGCAAGAAGGGGUUUAAGGAAAGGAGAUGAGAUUGGUUUUCAAUGGAAUCCAUUCAAGAAUGGCUUUGAAUUCUCUGUUCUUCAAGUCAACUACAUGGGAUAG